AUGGGACGAAUCUCCAUGUCAGCGUGUCUUCUUUUCUUUCUGCUCUUCGCACGCCACACCUGUGCAGAACAGUCCCGCAUUACUGUUGUCAACGAGUGGAACACAGGCUUCACCGCCAAAUUCACCUUCAGACUACAGUCCAAGGUUACUGACGGUUGGAUCAUCACCUUGACUUUCAGUAAACCAGCACUGAAACUCCAGACAUGGAUUGGUGAUAUAAAGUCUGUGUCUCCAGACCGCAAGCGCUACGUGAUUACCAACAAACCGUCGCAAAAACAAUUGAAUGCUGGCUAUGAGCUAUCUACUGAAAUCGUUUUAACUAAGCCUGUUGCGAACUCACCAGCUCCUGGCGGUGUGGCCUUAUUCCAGAGGCUUGGUGCUGGCGCUGGGGGAGGAGCUGGAGGAGGCAACGCUGGUGGUGGCGGAGGGGGACACACAGGCGGUGGGGGUGGUGUGAUAGCCAAACCGACUGCACCUCCAGCCCCAGGUCCGUUCAAUUACAACGAGGUCCUCCGCAAGUCCAUUCUGUUCUAUGAAGCACAGCGGGCUGGACGUCUUCCCGCCACAAACCGAAUCCCUUGGAGAAAAAGCGCGACUCUUCGGGACGGUGCAGAUGUUGGAGUGGAUCUUAGUGGUGGUUGGUUUGACGCAGGAGAUUUCGUCAAGUUUGGUUUCCCUAUGGCUUCAAGUGUAACAGUGCUAACCUGGGGUCUGUUGAACUAUAAAGAAGCUUAUAUUGCAGCUGGGGAACUGAAAAGCAUGUUGGACUGUAUUAAAUGGCCAUUGGACUAUUUCAUGAAAGCGCACACCUCUAAGUUUGAGCUUUACGUACAGGUUGGGGAUGGUGUUAAAGACCAUGAAUAUUGGGGCAGACCAGAAGACAUGCAUAUGGCCAGACCUGCUCUGAAGAUCACAGCUCAGAGGCCUGGAUCUGACGUUGCUGCCGAAACAGCCGCUGCCUUAGCCGCGGGCGCUAUAGCUUUCCGGAAGUCUAAUCCAACUUAUUCUAACCAGUUAUUGGCGCACGCUAAGGGGCUUUACGAAUUCGCAAGAACCUACCUCGGGAAGUACAGUGAUUCUAUACCCAGGGCUGCAAAAUUCUACAAGUCUGGUGGUUAUAAAGACGAACUAGUGUGGGGAGCUUCUUGGCUUUACAGAGCUACACGCGAUAGGAAGUAUCUUACCUUGGCGGAGUCCCUUUAUAAAAAGUAUUACCUCAGUUCAUCUUGGGCUUUUUCCUGGGAUGACAAGACUGCUGCAGUACAGAUGCUUCUGUAUGGACUGACGAAGAAGCCGCAGUAUAAGCUGGCCAUUCAGAAGUACCUUGCAAACUGGUUGCCUGGUGGUUCCCUCAAACGCACUCCAAAAGGCCUUGUUUUCCGUGAUGCCUGGGGAGCAAACCGAUUCGCCGCCAACACAGCCUUCCUAGCACUGCUAGCCGCUGACCAGGGUCUCAACCCGACCACGUAUCGUCAAUUUGCAAGAAAGCAGAUCCACUACAUGCUUGGCGACAGUGGACGCAGUUAUGUGGUUGGAUUUGGGAAGAAUCCUCCCCAAAGACCUCACCACCGCUCCAGCAGCUGUCCUUCAGCCCCUGCCCGAUGUGACUGGGGAAACUAUCACAACUCUGGUCCUAACGCGCAUGUGCUGCAUGGUGCCUUAGUUGGUGGGCCUGAUCGCUAUGACAACUUCAAAGACGAUAGAACAGAGGUAAAGUACUCCGAGGUGGCUACCGAUUACAACGCUGGGUUCCAGUCUGCCGUGGCUGGGCUGAGGCGUCUGCAGUUGUAAUAAGUAGUUGUCACAAUGAUGUCUUUUCAAUGGUGUCUGCCUUUGAAGCAAUAA